AUGGAAGAGGUAGCACACAGGGGAACCAGGAACCACAAGUCCCAAAACAGCAAGAAGAGUGACUGGGAAUCUGGAGCAGAACAACACCAAAGGGAAGGGCAGGAAGGGGACCCAGAAACAGGGGACCCAGACACAGGGGACCCAGAUACAGGGGACCCAGAUACAGGGGACCCAGACACAGGGGACCCAGACACAGGGCACCCAGAAACAGGGGACCCAGAUACAGGGGACCCAGAAACAGGGAACCCAGACACAGGGGAUUCAGAUACAGGGAACCCAGACACAGGGGACCCAGACACAGGGAACCCAGAAACAGGGGACCCAGACACAGGGGACCCAGAUACAGGGCACCCAGAAACAGGGAACCCAGAAACAGGGAACCCAGACACAGGGGAUUCAGAUACAGGGAACCCAGACACAGGGGACCCAGAAACAGGGGACCCAGACACAGGGGACCCAGACACAGGGCACCCAGAAACAGGGGACCCAGAUACAGGGGACCCAGAUACAGGGGACCCAGAAACAGGGAACCCAGACACAGGGGAUUCAGAUACAGGGAACCCAGACACAGGGGACCCAGACACAGGGAACCCAGAAACAGGGGACCCAGACACAGGGGACCCAGACACAGGGGACCCAGAUACAGGGGACCCGGACACAGGGGACCCGGACACAGGGGACCCAGAUACAGACCUUCUGGACACUUUCCCCAACUUCCCAUCCCCAAUUCUCAACAAAAUGACCAACAGAUGGAGCUCCAGUGUUCCAGAGUGGACGUUCCCUUUAAGUGACAGAGCGCCUGCCACAUUCAGCACCGCGGACAGCGACCGCGUGGUGCCCGCAGCCCGCAGCUCCUCGUCCUGCUACCGUCGGGCUUUUCUUCUCACGGGGCGGCGAGCCUCCAUGUACCUCCUCCUCAACACCAUGUCUCCUCCAGCGUCGGCCGCGACCGCGAGCGAGAGUAGCACCACCGCCGCCUUCGAGGAGGACACCAGGGAGGAGCAAAGACCCCUGAAGCAGUCUCUGAGCAAGUCACUGUGCCGCGAGAGCUUUUGGAAAUGCCUCCUGUUGUCUGUCCUCAUGUAUGGCUGCAUUGGAGUGAUGGUUUGGUGUCACGUCACCAAAGUGACACGUCUCACCUUUGACAGUGCUUUUAAAGGAAAAUCCAUGAUGUACCACGACAGUCCCUGCUCCGAUGGCUACAUCUACAUCCCUUUGGCCCUCCUGGGAAUGCUAUAUUUAGUUUAUCUCAUGGAGUGCUGGCACUGCCACGUGAAGAACGAGCUGCAGCACAAAGUGGACGUGGAGGGCAUCUAUGGACGUAUCCAGAGGAUGCAGCAAGCCAAGCCCUGCAUCUGGUGGAAAGCCAUCAGCUACCACUAUAUUCGCCGAACUCGACAGGUCACGCGCUAUCGCAACGGAGACGCUUACACUAGCACCCAGGUUUACCAUGAACGUGUCAACACACACGUGGCAGAGGCUGAGUUUGACUAUAGUCACUGUGGAGUGAAGGAUGUUUCCAAACAGCUGCUCAGCCUGGAGAAGUCGGCUCUGACAAAGAUGCGGUUCACCAAGUGCUUUAGCUUCGCCAAUGUAGAUUCAGAGAAUUCCUAUCUUACCCAAAGAGCAAGGUUUUUCACUGACAACGAGGGCCUGGAUGACUACAUGGAGGCCAGGGAGGGUAUGCACCUGAAAAACAUUGACCUGAAAGAGUACGUCAUGGUGAUGGCUGACCCAGAGCACCACCCGUGGUAUCUGUCCCACUAUGUCUUCUGGGUGGCCUCGUUCCUCACUUUCUCUUGGCCUCUCAGAGUUUUCACAGAGUACUGCACUGCAUAUGUCCAUUAUCGUGUUGAGAAGCUCUUUGGGCAGGAUUACAUGCCUGCUACCCCUUGUGAUGAACGGCCGUAUUGGCGCCGCAUCCCCCGAGUCAACACCAUUGACAGUACGGAGCUGGAAUGGCACAUUCGGUCAAAUCAGCAGCUGGUGCCGAGUUACUCGGAGGCUGGCCUUAUGGAUUUAGCCCAGUGUCCCACCAACUUCAGUGGGAUUCGUCAAAACUGCGAGCGCUGCCACAGAGCCAUCAGCUGCUCCUCAGUCUUCUCCAGGAGCGCUCUCAGCAUCUGUACCGGUGCCAGCGCCCGGAUUCCCUUCAGCAGCAGCCGCUUCUCCCUGACACGGCGCUAUGGCUCCCAACGCAGCUGCUUCUGGAGGAGCGGCAGCUUGGAUGAUCAGGAGAGUCCGAGCGAAAACACCCGCUGCCUGUCAGAGCGCCUUACCACAGAUGAUGAGGAGCCUCCAGAAUACGAUGACGCCCUUUGCUACCCAGUCCUCAUCGUCCACUGUAGCGAGAACUGCCACAACCACAGGUCCUUCCACAGAAAUGGCUCCUGUGUGGAGACAUCCUUAUGACUAUGCAGUGACCAAGACAUCUCUGUAGCAUUAACAUUCUUUGAAUACCAGAAGUACUCACAAGUCUUAACUUCAUAUUCACAGAUACAUGCUGUACUGUUAUUCUAAUCUACCCUGAAACAAAUAAUUGAAUGUUUAACGUGUCAGUCACCAAAGCAAUAAUAGUGAUCGAUGACUAGGUGGAGAGCUUUUGUGAAAAUACUUCAGGAAUUUAUUUAGCAGAUCUGCUUGACUUCCACCGAAAUCCAAGCAAAAACUCUUACACUUUGCAUAAAUUGCCAUAUCUUGUGUGCAUUCAAACCGAAAUGGAAGCUGCAGGGACUUCGUAAGACUUGAACAGAGGAAAACUAUCUUGGAAUGUGUCAAUAUAAAUUUCAGUUACACAGGAAUCAGAACGUUAGAGCUGCGCUUGAUGACUCUAUUUUCUUGGUCCAUAAGAA